AAUGCAAAAAAAAAAUUAAUUAGCUGUCCGGUAUAAACAGACGAAACGAAUUUACAUUGAAGUCCCCAUGCGAAUUUGGAAUCACAGUUCACAGAUUGGGAUCAAAUGGAAUCACAGUUCACGAAUUUGGAAAAUUCCCUGAGAAAACACAGUUCACAGAUUGGGAUCAAAUGGGAAGAAGACAACAACAACAACAAGAAAGUGAUGAAUCUACAGCAAAAGAUUGAGAGACAGAGACAGCAUGUGAAGUAUCUGAAAGACAGAUCUCUAUGGAACAAAAGCUUCGGUCGUGUUGAUUCUCGCCAGAUCGGUCUUCACCGCACUCGCAAGACUCAAAUCCGUCUUCUCAUCCUCCGCUGCCACGUGGGCCCAACCGUCGUGUCUUUUCUCCCACGCUCUCUCUCUUCCUCUUCAUCAUCGAUAAAUCUCGUCCACCCCAGCCCAAACGACGAGGAGAGACUCAGAAUGGCGUCCUCGUCUUCUUCCACUUUUCUUGAAGAGAGCUCGAGGCUUCUGAAACCGCCGGAGACAACUCUGGGCGGAUCCGGCUCGGCGCUUCACUACGCGAAUCUGAUAGUGGUGAUGGAGAAUAUGAUAAAACAACUACAGCUGGUGGGUCUCGAUGCUAGAGACGAUCUCUACUCCAUGUUGCCGGUGAGCGUGAGAUCGUCGCUCAGGUCGAGACUAAAAGGAGUUGGGUUCACGGCGACGGACGGUGGCUUAGCGGUGGAGUGGAAGGCGGCGCUAAACUAGACAUGUUUCAGUACUCUAUACGUAAUAAAGCUAAAAGCGGGAUAUAACAAAAGUUACACAGUAGCACACCGAUCACCUAAAUAACUUUUAUUCCAUGUAUAUAGCGUGCAAUUGGCCAAUAUAUAAUAUGAGAGAAAGAGGGUUGCUAAAGAAAACGGCAAAUAUGAAGUCUCUAGUGAAGUUUUUAUUUUUUUUGAUCAAAGCCUCUAGUGAACUUAAGUGUGGAAAAAAACAGAAGCCUCUAGUGCGUGUGUGAUUUUGGCUAUUGAUAGUUAGCUUGAGAAUCGGUUUGUCAUUUGCGUCGAUGUCGCAGCAUACCAACAUCAUGUGUUAAGUUUAUAGCUAGUUGCAUACAAUAUUUGGAUGUUUUAUCCAAACCUAUUCGUUUUCAUAAUUUUUAUUUGUAUCUUAUAUUUAGAGGAUGAUUUGUU